AUGUCGGCUGCGGCCCCACCUCCCCCACCAGGAGUGCCUCCCCCGUUCGGUUGUCCCCCUCCCCCUCCUCCUCCCCCGGGGGGGUUCUGUGGGCUGGGCUCGCCUACCCACAACACCUUGCCUUUCGGACUCCGGCCCAAGAAGGAGUUCAAGCUUGAGACUUCCAUGAAGCGCUUCAACUGGUCCAAGAUCCGCCCCCAGGAGAUGUCCGAGAGCUGUUUCUGGGUGGUGGCUAACGAGGAUCGCUAUGACAACCCUGACCUGCUCAACAGACUGGCGCACACCUUUGGCUCGUACAGACCAGCCGUCCAGGAUGAACAGGGUCUGGAAGCAAAGAGAUCCAUCAAGAAGAGGAUCAAACAACUGAAGGUGCUGGACCCAAAGAUCGCCCAGAACCUCUCUAUCUUCCUGGGGUCCUUCAGGAUGCCUUACCAGGAGAUCAGACGGGCCGUCCUAGAGGUCGACGAGGAACAGCUCACUGAACCCAUGAUACAG